AUGUCUAAUAAUGAAAAUAUAUCAAGUAGUUCUAAAAAUAAAAAACAUGAUACAACAUCAGAAAGUUCGAAUGAUAGUGAUUUGAAAACAAAGAAAAUUAUUUUAAAUGAUGAGAUUGAAAAAAUAUGUAAAGCUAUUGAAAACAAAGAAAAUAUAGAUUUAGAUAAAACAAUAGAAAUAUUAAAACAAGUUAGCAAUUUAACAAUAACUAAUUACAAUAGAGUUUAUAAUGAACAAAAUGAAACUAUUAAUGCAUUGAAAUUGAUUAAUUUAAAUUUAGCAUGUGAAGUACAAUAUUAUAAAGAAUGUCUUUGUGAAGAAUUAAUACAAACAAUCAAAGAAUGGUUUAAUGAUUUACUUGAUAUAGGAUAUACAAAUGCUAAAGGAACAGUAAAAAUCAAUGGUUAUCCUAUCAAUGUUGUAUUUGAUAGUAGUUGUUUAGAAUCUUCUAUGCCUAAUCAUAUUAGAGAACAACUAGGAUUACAAAUUACUGAUUAUAGAUGUUCUUCUACUACAUCCAAUGGUGAAAAAAAAACAUGUUAUGAAAUGUUAAUGGUUGAUAUUGAAAUUGGUGGUAAAAUUGUUAAUUUUCCAAUUAAAGUAGUUGAAUCUAUUAAAGAUUAUCUUUUGUUAGAUACAUUUUUUUUUAUAACUACACAAGUGAAGCUUAAUUAUAAAAAAAUAAUUAUUGAAAUGAAAUAUAAUCAUGAAAAAUUUUCUACACUGUUUACUAUUUCAAAAUAG